AUGAUCCUCUCGUGUGCACCCUUAACUUAUCAAAAACCAAUUCUCGAUAAAGACAAGCUUUUUGAAGAAAUUCUACAGCUUGAAGAUACACCCCAAUUCGUUAAAAAGACUCAACAAAAUACUACGGAAUUCGCAGAACAUUUUAACAGAGAUAUUUCUAUAAACACAGGAAAAACUACUACGCACAGAGAAUAUACAUUCUUCAAAUGCUCAAUCGUUAUAUCUGGUACAACAACUUUCGAAAAAAACUAUGCGUUUGGUUCCGGAAGAACAUCUGGCUCAGGAGGUGCUCUCCACAUUUGCCAAUGUGUAUUAUCAGCACAAGAUGAACAUCAAAUACAAUUCUUGGGAAACAAAGCUGCAGUUGGUGGAGGUAUCUGCUCCGUUUCCUCUGCUAUUUUAAUGGAUAACAUAAUGUUCAAAGAAAACCAUGCUUUCAAAUUUGGUGGUGGCAUCUACUUCCAAGGCGCUUUCAUGAAAACUGAUAACUAUAAUUAUCUUUCCCCUUCAGUUACUUUCAUUGCCAGUAAACUUAUAUUCCUACGGAACAUUGGUUCUCAAAUGGGAGGUGGUCUCGCAAUUUCAUUUGGCCUUGAGGUAUACUUAGAAGAUUGCAAAUUUGUACAGAACUGGUGUAGUUUUAGCGGUGGCGCUAUAUCAUCUGCAAACUGUGACUCGCUUAAACUCAUUAAAUGCGCCUUCAUCCAAAACAUUGUAAAUGCUAAAGAUGCAUCUACCAUGAGUUAUACACUCAAACACAGAUUUGAUGGAAAUUCAAAUUUCAACGAAUCAUCUUUCCCUACACACGAAAAGGGUCGUGGUGGCGGUGCAAUUAGUUUUGUAUCUGAUUCAAAGAAAGGACGCCUUCCAACAGAUGAACCAACUUACCAACGCCGUGUUGUUGAAUCACAGAGAUGCUGCUUUAGCAAAGAUACUGCUACUACUACAGGUACAUCAUUUGGUGACGGAUCCGGACAUGAAAUUCUCCUUGAGGGUUAUUGCAUAUGGAAAUCUUACCAAGAUAUAAUGAAUGAUGUAGACCCACAAAAUUUUGAAUUUGGAAUAUCAAAUAAUCAUGUUUCCAUGGUCAGAAACAGCGAGCUUCUUUCAAAUGCAACUAGUUUCCAGGUCCUUGAUUUCAAUGGUUCUACCAUUGAAACUGAAAAUGAAAUCUGUAAAUUUGAUGGACUUGAUGGAUAUGAUCCACCAACUCUAACAACUCCAACAGAAACAGUAAUUACAGGACCAUCUCCUAGUAAUGAAGCUGAUACUCCAAAUGUAGUUAUUGUGGUGUCCCCAACUGAAUAUACAUAUGUUGCUACUCCAAUCACAAGAUUACCAAGAGCAACAACAAACAGCCACUUCCCAACUCCAAUUCGCGAUAUCGGAACUCAAACAAGCUUUGGAUUUGAAACAGUCUUCUCUGGCCUUACACCACCAAAUAACUUCCCUGGAGGAAUUACAGUAAUUCCUGGUGAUGGUAUGAGAACAAAGUUCCAGACUCCUCACAGCACAGCUCACAGCACACCACACAGUACACCACACAGCACUCCUAAGUCCACAGAUGUUCCAGCACGUACAACUCCACCAACACCACAAAUCAUCACAACACCUGGAUCCGGAAAGACCAUCUCAACAACUACAACUUCUGUCAUCAUUACAACAUCAACUACCGUUGGUGAAUUCAAAUCUGGUGACGAAUAUUGGGAUGGAUCCUCAUGGGUUGUUGUUACAAGUGAUGGUAAAUAUACUUAUCAUACACUUAUCACAAUUGACACAGUUAUUGGUCUUGGUGAAAUUGGACUUUCGGCUGCCGAAACUGAUGCUCAACCAAAGAAGAACAACAUGUACUUGUACAUCGGUAUCGGAUGCGGUAUUCUUCUCCUCAUUCUCAUUGCUGGUCUCAUUGCUUUCAUAUUACUCAAGAAGAAGGAUGACGAUUCAAGUUCAUCAGCUGUCGAAAUGGCUGAAGAAACUGUCAUGCAGGUUCCUGAUAGCACAUCUGCACCAGUCACAAAUGAUAACCCAUUGUGGACUACUUCUGUCAUGGGUGAUACUGAUGAUCCAUUCAAGAACGACUUCGAAGAAGAUGGCGCACAGGGAUUCUUCGGUGUUGCUCAUCGCCCUGAUUUGGAGUAA